UUCCUUUCAGUUCUUCUUCAACUGAGAGAGCAGUAGGCAGAGAGGGGCAGUGAGAUCGAUGGAGCGAGCAGCCGAUGAGGAGGCGGCGGCGGAGGCUCUCCGCGCGAAGAUUGAGCUCCUGCGACAGGCGAUGCAGAGCAGCGAAGCUAUGCAAAAGGAGGCUGCCGUGAUAGGCACUCGCUUGAACAACCACAUGGUCGCCAUUGACGAGGCCAUGCGCCCUGCCCAUAAGAGGACGUACAACGCGUGCAGGGUUCAUGACAACAUCAGGAGGAGCCUCACGGCGGCCGGGGCGAUCGUGCGCCACCUCGACCUUGUAAGGGAGGCAGAACAUGUGAUAUUAUUGGACAGACCAAACGAGGAUCUUAAUGCCUAUCUUGAGGCGAUUGAUAAGUUGACUAGUGUCGAAUACUUUUUUACUUCCAAGAUAAGAUGUAGAGUUGGUAAUGAUGUUCACGAACGUGUUAACGAAUUGCUUUCUAAAGCAAUCCAUGGGUUGGAGAAUGAAUUCCACAGGCUGUUAACCAAAUGCAGCAAACCUGUAGAUCUUGAGAAUAUUUUCAACUGUCUAUCAAGUCUUAAUCGGCAAUUGUCAAGUGAGGACCUUAUUGGCCCAUCAGCCGGUGAUUAUUCUGAAGCACCGCUAAAACAGUAUGCUGAGUGCACUCUUCCUACACUCGUUGAUCCCUGUUACUUGACUUUGCUCUCAAAGUUAGCACAGAAAUCAAUUCAACUUGAUUGCCAUCAGAAGUUUAUGGAAAUAUACAGAGAAAUUCGUAGUUCAACUUUGGAACGGACUCUUAAGCGCUUGGGAGUUGAAUAUGUUACAAAAGAAGAAAUGCAGCAAGUUGAGGCUCAGAGCAUGGAAGCUAAAAUCGCCGAGUGGACACAAUUCUCCCGAAUUACAGUAAAGUUGCUUUUCGGCGCUGAACGCAUUCUGUGUGAUCAAGUAUUUGAAGGAAAGUAUACAUGGAAAGACCAUUGUUUUGCUGAAGUAACAGCUAAAAGCCUUUCAAUUCUACUCAGUUUUGGAGAUGCUGUUGUUCAAUCCCAAAUAUUGCCAGACAAACUAUAUAUACUUCUAGAUAUGUAUAAGGCAACAUUGGAACUUCAAUCCAAGGUUGAUGCAAUCUUUGAGGGUAAUGCAUGCUCUGAAAACCAGAAAUCUGCCCUUACUUUAACUAAAAGCCUUGCACAGACUGCGAAAAAGACAAUAGGUGAUUUCAUGGAAUACAUUCUGAAUCACUCGGUGACGAGUACGACUGUUGAUGGGGCUGUGCAUUAUAUGACCAGCUAUGUCACUGAUUAUAUCAAGUUUCUUUUUGACUAUCAAUCAUCAAUAAAGCAGAUCUUUGGAGAUCCCUGUGUUGAAGAUGAAAAAGAUACUGAUGUGGUCUCUCAAAUUGUUGGUGCAAUACAUGCUCUGGAGACCAAUCUAGCUAUGAAGGCAAAGCAAUACAAGGACCUUGCUCUGGGGCACCUCUUUUUGAUGAACAACAUCCAUUAUAUUGUCAAGUAUAUUGGCAGAUCAGAAUUGAAGGAUUUAUUAGGUGCUGAUUGGAUUGAAAGACAACGAAGGAUUGUGCAACAACAUGCUACUCGAUAUAGAAGAGUUGCUUGGCUAAAGGUAUUGGAGUGUCUAUCAACUCAAGGUCUCACUUCAUCAGUAGGCUCUUCAAUUGAUGUCACUCAAGGAAGUUUUAGAAAUAUUAAGAACAGUACAACCUCCAGAUCUGUGAUCAAGGAGAGAUUGAAAUGUUUCAACAUGCGAUUUGAAGAGAUUUGCCAGAAACAGAUGAACUGGGGUGUUCCUGACAGAGAUUUACGAGAUUCCCUAAUUCUUAUGAUUGCUGAAAUAUUGUUACCUGCUUAUAGAUCUUUCCUGAAACACUUUGGGCCUCUUGUUGAGAACAGCCACAGCGCUUUAAAAUAUAUGAAGUACACUCCAGAAUCACUUGAGCAAGCUCUUGGUAAUCUAUUUGCAAAGAAGUUACGAAGUGAUCAGGUCAUCAGGGAUUCUGAUUGCAUCAAACAUCCCAUUUAACUGUUUGACUCCUGUAGGCGAAGUCAGCGAACGAGGUAGCAGGCUCCAAGCCUUAUUCAUCAUCUGCCAUAGCUAAAGCGCAUGGAAACCACGAGGGCAUAUUUCCGAAUGCCAACUUGGAGCGCAGCUGCACAGGUGAGCCCCUAAUGCAACAGCUCUUUGUAUUUCCACGUAACCAUCUGCGCGUACUGCCGUUGGCAUUUGAUGCUAUUAGUCGACAUCUGCCCAUUUAGCAGUGAUUAUACGGCAGGCAUCAGGUGUACAGUAAUUGGAAGGCGCACCGUUCCUUGCAUCUUAUGUCCUAGUGGAGACAAUCAAUUAUCAGAAACUCUGGUUGGCUGGUUCAAAGUCUCGCGCAUUAGUGUGAAAGAUACUCCUAUGUGACCUUUAUGGUACCACAAAUUCACUGCAUCUAAUCAUACUUUUCUUAAUACAAUUAUGUAUUGGAAGAUUACAGUGCGCAUAGCAUAUAACAAGAGCCCAUUUGGCUUAAGAGACGUCCCUAACAUGGGUUCCCUAUGUGAGCUGUCCUUUGGACUCUACCUGCCAACAACCCUUCUUCUCUGCCCUUCAUUUCCGCACAAGCUCAAACAUGGUGGACGGCUGUAGCAUAAGAAGCUUCCAUGCUGUGUGCUUGUGUCCCACUGAUAUACGUGUCUGGCUAGGCAAUCGUUUAUUUCGAUCUAUUGUCAUUGUACUGUGAUUGACUGAUUUGUUUCCACACUCGUUAAUUACAUUCUUUAAGCUGGGGUUUUGUUGGCACAUGGAUGAUAGAAUCGCAAGCGUGCUUCUGGUUCUCUAUCUCACCUAAUAUUCGCAAACUCUUAUAGCCAUAUGCUUGUAAAUUAGCCAUUUUUCUGAGUUACGGUGAACAGUAGACAGGAGUGUAGUCGCACGUUAUCCUUUUUUUCUUUGUUUUGUUUGAAGUGAGAAUGUGAUAUGAAUGAAGAUUACAGUUAGCUAGGCAA